CGUGGCAGACUACCCGCUUUCAUGGCGAGGGAUAACCUCGUACGACCAAAUCCCAUUUCAUUAUGCCUCUUCUAUUUAUUUAAUCAUUUAUCAAAACUCCUAAAUUAUCGAUGAGCUUCAGGUUUGGAUUAACGGGCAUCAGCAGCCUGUUAUCCAUCGCCAUUGAAAUCAGGAAGCAUCAGCUUUAACAUCAUUUUCCUUCCCAGAAAAGUCGACCUGGAGAUUCCAGUCAACCUUUCUUCUGUUCCAUACAAUAAUCUUCCGCACAAAAACCCAAUCAGAUUCUCAGUUUCAAUAACCCCCCAAUUCCUUAGCGAAGGAAACUUUCCAGAUAGGAGAUUAAGAGAAAGCUGGGAAUAGUAUAUGAUUUCCAGUCGGAUUGUUCAUUAGAGGUGAAGGAUGAGCACAAAGGUGAAAGGCCUCCUCAAGGGCAUCAAAUACAUAUCCCAUCAGAUAUUUGAAGAAGAAAAAGAACCAGAAAUACAGAUUGGGAUGCCUACAGAUGUAAAGCAUGUGGCUCAUAUUGGGUGGGAUGGACCGUCUGCAACAGAAAAUCCUAGCUGGAUGAAUGAAUUCAAAGGAUCUGGAGCGUUGAAAUCUGCGCCGUUAGGCCCUCCGACGGACUCCAAAGAGAACCCAGAGAUCAAAUGGGUGUCUGAAGAUUCGAAAGGACGACGUGCGCCGAGGCCGGAGAGCAGAGACGGCGGCGCCGGUGGGGAAGGAUCAUCGAAACCCAGGCGCCAUUCUUGUUCCAACGACAAUACCGCCGGCGCCGCAGGCGGCGGCGGCGGUGGAGAUUCCCCCAAAUCCUCCAAGCCACGGCAGACCAGGCGGAGCAAGGCCUCUUCCGACGGCGUCAAGAUCAAGGACCCCACCGGCGCCGACAACCCGGACGUUCCGAAGAGGAACCGGCGAAAGAAGUCAAGGGAUUUCAACGCCGACGGCUCCGUCCGCUCCACACGAACAUCCAAAAGCUCCGCCACCGCCGCCGAUCAAGCACAGGAUACAACCACCGACACGCCUCCGUCUUCAACCUCAUCAAAGCCUCUGGACGACGGCGAAAACCCCGUGCUUUUUUGAGCCAAACCCCAUAAUCCCCGCCGAUCCCAUUCUUCAAAUUUUCCGCUGACUAAACUUCAACAUUUGUAAAAUCUUAAGACCAUAAUUCAUGUUAUUUAUGUAAAACAAUUACUGUUUCCCUUCUUGUACCGUCUGUAAAUUCAUCAUCUCCAUUACUUCCUAGAAACCAUAUUAUUAUAAAGCUUUUAUAGUUGAUCAUCACUGUACCUGAAAAUGAACAAAACAGAGUUCUCUGCACUCAAACAUUCAUAUAUAUGCACUUAUCAUUACAUUAAUUACC